CCCUCCCUCUCCCUCUCCAGCCCCCUACCAUCACACUGGAAGAUAUACGGUACACACAGCAUGCAACUGAGCGAGGAGCCUCUCACACCCGACAGUAACAACAAACAACUCUUCACCAGCUGCCUGCUGGGGCCACGCUGUAAGCUCUGAACUGCCAACAUCUUACCUUCAUUAGAGGAAAACCUGGACUUUGUACAAUGCCAUCCAGGGGGAAAUAUUUUAUCAACGAAAAUGAAACUCGGCGAAGAGCAGACUCGCUGUUUGAGACUUAUUUCUGUAUCACACAACAAUUCCCGCUAGUUUUCCUUUUCCUUCUGAUCAUUGCGGUGGCUUGUAUAUCUCUGAUCAUUGUGUUCUUUGCCAUUGAACUGAGAGUUCUGGAUCAUCUGCGUUUUUUUGUUACGUUAUGCACUGCUCUGGGGAUAUUUGUAGUGAUUUUUGUUCUCAUCUUCAUUGAGUCACUAUUUCAAAGAUGCAUGAAGAUAUUUGCCUUGUUCAUUUGGCUUUGCCUGCUCACCAUGGGCUACAUUUUCAUCUUCACUGGUGAACGAAUCUCUGCCUGGGACCAGGUGCCUUUCUUUUUGUACAUUAUCUUUGUGUUGUACACAAUGCUGCCGCUAUCAAUGCGAGAUGCCAUCAUCGCCAGCCUGCUCUCCUCCAUCUCCCACGUCCUCACCCUCAGUAUUUAUCUGUCCACCACGUCGAAGCCGCCAACCUUCCUCGCUCAGCAGCUCGUCUCCAAUGCUGUGAUAUUCCUGUGCGGCUGCCUGGUCGGCUUUUUCCAUAAGUUUUCCAUGGAACGUGCUCUGGAACAAACCUACGAAGACACUCUCAGCUGCAUCCAAAUAGGGAUGCAAUUGGAUGUGAAGAAAAAACAGCAGGAAAGUUUGCUGUUGUCUGUCUUGCCAGUUUAUAUAUCAAUGGAAAUGAAACUCUCUAUAAUUGAGCGUUUGAGGGAGAGUAACUACUACCCACACAAGCGGGAUAAUUUCCACAGCUUAUACGUGAAACGGCAUCAGAAUGUCAGCAUCCUGUACGCGGAUAUUGUGGGCUUCACCCGUUUGGCCAGUGACUGUUCACCCAAGGAGCUGGUCGUCAUGCUCAACGAACUGUUUGGGAAGUUUGACCAAAUUGCGAAGGAGAAUGAGUGCAUGCGGAUUAAAAUACUCGGCGAUUGCUACUACUGCGUCUCAGGACUGCCCGUAUCUUUACCAAAGCAUGCAAGGAAUUGUGUGAAGAUGGGUCUGGACAUGUGCGAAGCUAUUGAGGUGGUGCGUGCGGUGACUGGGGUGGACAUCAGCAUGCGCGUGGGCGUACACUCGGGCAACGUGCUGUGUGGGGUCAUCGGCCUGAGGAAGUGGCAGUACGACGUGUGGUCCCAUGACGUAACCUUGGCCAACCACAUGGAAUCUGGAGGCGUCCCUGGGCGUGUGCACAUCACUGCCACAACACUGAGCUACCUGCAGAAGGCGUAUGAAGUCGAAGAAGGAAAUGGUCACCAAAGAAAUGCCUACCUCAACGAGCUGAAGCUCAAAACCUACCUGGUCAUAGAUCCAAGGACCACCCAGCAGAGCCUGAAGAGCCGCCAUUUGCCAAUGCCAAGGCACUUGAAAGGAGGGCUGAAGAUGAGAGCAUCUGUCCGCAUGACCCGAUACCUGGAGUCGUGGGGAGCAGCGAAGCCCUUCGCCCACUUACAGCAGCGGGAGAGCGUCGGCAGCGAAAUCUCCACGCCCAGCGGGAAGACCAGGAUGGAAAUUCCGAUGCGUUCCCUGGGACUUCACAGGUCAUUAGACAGAAACAAAUCACAAAAAAGACGAUUUGAAGAAGAGUUGCAUGAAAAAAUGAUAACAACAAUUAACGGGAUAAAUUCACACAAAGAAUCAAUUAAAUGCGACAUUUUUACUGGGGUAACGCCAUCUUUCAGUGAAAAGGGACUGGAAAAAGCAUAUCGGUCAGUUUGUCUUCCGCACAUGCGAUAUUAUGUUGGUUGUGCUACAUUGAUAUUCUUUUCCAUCUUUGUGGUCCAUCUGCUGGUCAUGCCACUAGAUUUUCUCCUGGGAAUAUCAUUUGGAAUUGCCGCCGCCGUGCUUCUGAUAAUUCUUUUUGUUUCCUUUGCCGGUUAUGUGAAGCUCUGGAUGAAUAAUAGCUCGUCAUCAAAUCCAUUCUUUGGAAUCUCUGAGGCUGUUACCAAGAAACCGAUACUACGCCUGCCACUGACUCUGAUUGUAAUCGUUGUUGUUUUGGUCAUUUCGGUUUUGAACUUGUAUUCCAUACCAGAAAGGCCCUGCAAGACAAAUGAGACAAAUCUCCAUUCCCUACAAAACAACAUAAAUGCUGCAGGAAAUGGGACUUACAAUCUUACUGAUAACUUACAAAAUAAGACAAAUUCUUCAGGGUGUGAGAACUACUAUCUUCCAUAUUACGUGUGCUGUUGUAUCCUGGGACUCAUCGCCUGCUCAGUCUUCCUCAGGAUUAGCUUUGAAGUCAAAGCUCUCCUCCUAAUUAUUGCCUGUGUGGUCUACAACAUCAUUUUCCUGAAGGAUUGCGCUUUCUUGUUCGAGCAGUAUAAGACAUUUCUCUACGGCAGUGCGACUCCAAGUCCCACGAAAAAUCCAAAGAUUAUGGCUAGUUUUUACCUCCUCCUGUUUGGAUUCACACUGCUGUUCUUAAUAAAACAGAAUGCGUAUUACUGUCGACUAGACUUCCUGUGGAAGAAUAAAUUUAAACGGGAGAGAGAGGAAAUUGAGACCAUGGAGAAUCUGAAUCGCCUUUUACUGGAAAAUGUGUUGCCUGGACACGUUGCCAAGCACUUCAUCGGUGAAACCAAGAAGAACGAGGAAUUGUAUCAUCAGUCGUAUGACUGUGUCUGCAUCAUGUUUGCCUCAGUCCCUAACUUUAAAGAGUUUUACACAGAGUGUGAUGUCAAUAAGGAAGGACUGGAGUGCCUCAGACUGCUCAAUGAAAUCAUCGCAGACUUUGACGAGCUUUUGUCAAAGCCGAAAUUCAGCAGUGUGGAGAAGAUCAAAACCAUUGGGAGCACUUACAUGGCGGCUGCUGGCCUCAGCAUUGGCACAGGACAGGAAAAUAAACAGGAUAAGGAAAAGCCUUGCGCUCACAUUGGCAUCAUGGUGGAAUUUGCCACUGCGCUAAUGAGUAAACUAGAUGGCAUCAACAGACAUUCAUUCAAUAAUUUCAAGCUGAGAGUUGGUAUAAACCAUGGGCCUGUGAUUGCUGGUGUCAUUGGAGCACAGAAGCCUCAGUACGAUAUAUGGGGGAACGCUGUUAAUGUUGCCAGCAGAAUGGACAGCACCGGUGAACUUGGGAAAAUACAGGUGACAGAAGAGACUUGUAAAGUUUUGAGACAGCUGGGAUAUUCGUGCGAAUCUCGAGGACUGAUCAGCGUGAAAGGGAAAGGGGAUCUCCAGACUUACUUUCUGUGCAUGGACAUGAACAAGUCGCACUGAAUCUUGAACUGACCUUGGGACAAGUCACACACUGAACGCAAAAGACUAACCACUGGAGUUUGCAGUAGCGUUAAGCAAUAUUUCUCUUCACCAAGAUUGCCACUUGCACUGGAGACGUUUAUGGAUUUUGUAUGGAAAAAAAGUCACAGCAAUAAGUGUUAUUUUCAAAUCUGAAACUGAAAAAAAACCCCACGCAAAUGAUAAGUACAGAGAUGACUUUUUUAUUCGAACUCUUGAGGUACAAGAAUCUUGUUAAUGACGUUGCAGUUAUUUUACAAUCUUUUAAUUUGGUGAUAAAACAAUCCACUGCCUGUGGCUGACGAGUAAAUGUGGAAAAUGCAUUCAGUUCAAUUGUACAUACACGGCCGCAGUCAUUCUUUCUGUUUUAUGCCGGAAUAAUAAUAAUUUACAUAAAUUGUGAUACAUAUGGACUGUAAAUACCUGUGUCGAGGAAAAUGUUUCUAUAUUUUUUGGAUUUUAAAAAUGAACAAAAGCAUUGUCAGCAGGAUUACACUUGACUGAUCAGCAGAAUUGUUACAUAACACAUACGUUUCCUUAUGUGUCCACUUAAAAAAAAAGUCUUGAGCUGAAAACUCACAAUAAGUGGAUACUGCACUGCUGAUACAUGGUUAUUAUUACAUAAUUCAAGGAUAUCUUCAUUCAUAUUCAUUUCUUUAUUCUAGUUUACCCACCAAAUGUAGUUUCAGGCACUGUGCUAAUAAUGUCAAGAAGGGACUUGUAUGCUUUACCGAAUCAUGUCAUUCAAAGUAUUUAAGGUACAUUUUUUGAAAGAUUGGAAUAUUGAGGGCAAUGAGGAACUGGCAUUGAAACGGAGUUGAGGUCAGUCAUGAGUAAACUGAAUGGUGGGCUAGAUAGCUUGAUCCUGUUCUAUAGUAGACACAAAACAAUGGAAGAAUUCCUUCUCUCCAGAGAUGCUGCCUGUCCCGCUGAGUUACUCCAGCUUUUUGUGUCUAUCCUCAGUUUAAAGCAGCAUGUGCAGUACCUUCAUACACAUCUGUUCUCAUAGUGUUGUGUGUUUCUGUGUACCACAGGCUGCAUUUGCCGAAUGCUGUUGCCUUCAUUUUAUUUUGGACAUUGUCUCGGUCUUGUCUAUUCACUCUUGAAGUUAAUGCAUUGUGGCCCUCUAACCAAUUCUUUAACGGCAUAGAGCUCAAAAACGUUUCACGGCUGAAACAGCAUUGUGGAGUUUAAUUUAAUACGUGAUCUUUUGACGGCAGUCAAGAUUCUUUUUGUGUAAUAUGUGAUUAUUCGAAUUCGAAGUGAACUCAUGCAUUUUAAUAAUAUGCCCGAUUCUAAAUUACUCCAUAACUCUAGUCUUAACUGUUGACCAGUUUUUUAAAGCGCAAAUAUAGCUGAUAAGUCUUUUACCUUUGCCAGAGAUUUUAUCCCCCAGCCUUUUGAGGAGUACCUUUAACUUAUUAAGCUGUAAUUGAGUUACUGUGCUUUUUGUAUGUGGUAGAUUUAAGGAAAAUGGCAUCUUCAAUAUAUUUACUUUAUUUUGUAUUUUAAUAACCCUCAUUAAUUCUGACUGUUGACCUGAGUGGAUAUCAUGACAUGUCAAUUCUAGUAAAAUAUGCACUGUUUUAGGAAAAGAACAAACUGUAAUGGAUUUUUAAAAAGUUUUCUUUUACAAAAAAAAUUGUUCAGUAAUUUUUUUUAAAUCAUUUUCUAUGCUGCAUGAUCGGUCGCUUAUGAAUGAAGUGUGUGUUAGUGAAGACAAACGUUUCCCUGGUACUACUGAAGCAAAUAGAUCACAAUAAAUUAGACCUGUAAUAGUA